AUGAGGCUUCUCGAAAAUCCUAACGUCGUCGAAGAUGCCAAAGGAAAUCUUUUUGCUGAAGACGACAAUGGACGUCUGUUCUAUAUUGGAGGAAACGUAAACGAGCGACCAGCUGUUUGUGACAAUGACAAACCUAUAAUGACCAGUACGAUACGAAGAGAGAUUCCUAAGAUGAGCGACGAAGAAUUCGAGAGGAUUGACAGGUUGUCUGGCGGUAAACUGCGGCAUCUACUUGUCGGAUCCCCGAGUGGUUAUGAAUGGAAUUCACAGGUAGAAACUAUUCUCCAAUUUGAAGCGGAUUACAACGAAAAGCGUGGGAUACCUGUUGAUCCAAAAAUGUUGCCAAAAGAUAGAAGAAAGGAGCUACCAGAGGAGGAAAAACCUCGGUUACUGGAGGAAAUGAGGCUGAAGUUCCUUAACGAGUUCGAUGAGGAAUGGGAGACAUUGGAGAAGAAAUUGCUGGAAGACGGUCGAGGAAUUCAAGAAAAACGAGUAGAGGACGUGACGAAGGAGCGGAAGCAUGAGGUCCAAGAAGAACGACAAGAGGAGGAGAAAAAGGAGUUGAAACAGGGUGUUAGAUGA